CUAAUUUUUUGUUUGAAAAAAAAAUUAAAAAACAAAAAACAAAAAACAAUCACAAACAAAAAUGAGAACAACAAUAUAUCUUCUGGAUUGAUCCGAUCUAAACAACCCAAUUGCCACCUAACUCGAGCAUUCAAUAGGUCUAGUAGAGAAUCCUUCUUUCUCAUUAAAAAAUUGUGCCAUCUCAGGAAGAAAAACCAAACGAAACAAGAAAGAGAGUGAUCAUCAUAAGAAUAAGAAUCAACAAAAAUGGAGACCUCUGGUAAUCUGACACCGUUAUCGGAGGAAUCGGAAGGACAACCUCAACAAUCUUCUUCACCUUCUUCAACUUCUGCUUUCUCUAACAUUCCUCCUCGCCAUCCUCUCCAGAGUAGUUUCCCAAAAUACUCGCCGUUGGAUUGGACAAGCUAUUUUGAUCAUGAGGAUGAUAUUUGCAUACCAGACACCGAAAAUGUCUUUCAUGUAUAUAAGGCUGGUUCAGAAGGGCCAGUUAUAUUUUGUUUGCAUGGAGGCGGAUAUUCUGGGCUUUCCUUUGCAUUGUCAGCAAGUAAGAUUAAGGAAAAAGCUCAGGUUGUGGCAAUGGACUUGAGAGGGCAUGGAAAAUCAGUUACAGAUAAUGAUUUGGACUUAUCAAUUGAGACGUUAUUCACGGAUGUGUUGGCUGUUUUGAGCACCAUGUAUGGAGAUUCACCUCCAGCAAUCGUACUCAUUGGCCACAGCAUGGGAGGUUCUGUUGCUGUGCAUGUUGCUGCAAAGAAAACAUUACGUAGCUUGGCUGGACUUAUUGUUGUGGAUGUUGUUGAGGGAACAGCCUUGGCUUCAUUGGUCCACAUGCGAAAAAUUCUAUCAAGCAGACCAAAGCAUUUUGCAAGCGUGGAAAAAGCUAUUGAAUGGAGUGUUAGAGGUGGAUCUUUAAGAAAUAUUGAUUCUGCCCGUGUGUCAAUUCCUGCCACAUUUAAGUAUGAUGAGUCAAAGCAAUGUUAUGUGCACCGAGCUUGUCUGGAAGAAACAGAACAGUAUUGGAGAGGCUGGUAUGAAGGCCUUUCAGAAAAGUUUUUGUCAUCUCCUGUUCCAAAGCUCCUGUUGUUGGCAGGAACUGAUAGACUUGACAGAACUCUCACUAUUGGUCAAAUGCAAGGCAAGUUUCAGAUGGUGGUUGUCAGACACACGGGGCAUGCCAUACAGGAGGAUGUUCCUGAUGAAUUUGCAACACUCAUCCUCAAUUUUAUAUCUAGAAAUCGGAUAGGCCCCCAUGGCAUUGAGAUACCUGGUCUUCGUAAGCCAUCAAAAUAGCCAGCUUAAACUACAUAUAGUAGUAGAGGAAAACAGACGUAUAUGAAAGACUAAACUGCAAAAUGUAGUAAAUGGUACCAGGAACACCGAUACUCGAAGGGUCUUAAUAGAUGCCCUGGCCGCAGUAUCACCAUGCAGUAUGGGGACCUUUCUUAGAGUUAACUAUCAUUAGCUUGUUGUGAGGAUGCACAUUUACCUUGGUAGACUUUUAAUCAUGUUAUUCCUUGAGAGUUUAGGGCGGUAGUCGGGUUGGGUAUCUAAUAGUUUCACUUGCUAUAGAUACUUGCAUGAAAAGUGUUUGUUGUUGGGUAAAGAUAUGAAUAUUGUGUCCCAACAUUGACAUCAAGAGGAAAUAGAACUUUUUGAAAGAUAGUAUGUCAAAGCGACACCCCAGGUUUGUAAAUACAUGCAUUUGUCAAAGUGAUAACCAUUUUAUAAUAAUUCUACUUAGUUUUUUUAAUUGACA